ACAGAAUGGCGAUGAUGAUCAAGCACGGGUGUGUGAUGCUGCUGUUAUCUGUCUUUAUCCAGAUGUCGCUUUCUGUAAAAAAUGAUACCCUGGUUGGAAGUGAAAAGCAAGAGACAGACGUAGUCACAACACAGCUAAAUUCCAGCACAAGUGAGGAACCUCGAAUUGAACACGGGUGUGAAACUGUUAAACGAGUGCAAGCAGGAGUUCGAGAUUGCAGUUACUACUGCAGAUACAUUCGUGAAAACAACACUUGGCUUUAUGGGUUUUACGAGGAUGGCAUAUACUGCUGGGCGGACGAUGGCGAUGAAAACAAGGACCGGAUUGUUGGUUUGUGUCAUAAGGGAAUCUGCUACCCUACUGACCACGACAACGUAACUCACCUUUCUACACCGGUUGACGAUACACUAGGAGACAUAUCACGCUAAAAGACAUAUCUGAUGACUUCGUAUAAAUAAACAUAUCUUGUGAAACAGAAA